CUCAUUUUAGACUAAUCAACGAAAUGAUAUGUAGAAGUCGAAAUUACGAUCGAUUUGUCUCAUUGCUACCAAUUAAUCGAAUUAAACAAUUUUUCUAUGAAAUAUUUUCCAACCUUUUUUUUGUGCACAUGAAAACGUUCUAUUCGAUGUGUGCACUACAUUUUUCUUUGAUACAAACAAUAUCACUAAUACAGGAUGCCUUAGAUUUCACAAGUCAACAUGAAAUUUUGAUUUUUAGAUAAAAUGCAUGCUUUUUUAACACAUAGUAAUGAAACGAAGAUUAAGACAUAGAAUAAUAAGGUAUGGGGAAAAAGUUCACGACAUUUUCUUAUCGAUAUUAAUAGAAAAAUUUCUAAGAACUUUUUUUUCGUAUAAUAUACUAAAAGAUGCAGCGUGAAAUGCUCUACAAUCCACGAAGAAAAGCUUAUUUUAAUUGUCUACUUUUUGUAUACAAAAAAAAACCAAAAUUCUGUGCGAUCAAUUUUCGACGCUACGAAAAGAUAACAUGAAAAGACAUUUCUUUUUUUCUUAUUUCACCAUUUUAUCUCCUAAUAUGUUUUCAUGAAAAAAACAAAAUACACCACAAGAUGCAGCAUAGAAAGCUCUACAAUAUAUACAGGCAAUGAAAAGAUAAAAUAAGAAAAAAGAUAAUUUCUCAUUCGUGUUAUCUUUUCGCAUCGUCGAAAUUUGGUCGUUCGAAGUUUUAACGAUUUUGAAAACAAAAAGUGCAACUGUAAAAAAAGCGAUCUUAUGCAAGUUGUAGAGCUUUUCACGCUGCAUCUUUUAGCAUAUGUCACAGUUGACUUGAGAAUUCAGUUGACUUUGGAAUCAAUAAACAAGCAAACAUUAUAGCAUGAGUCAUAAGAUAAUUAAUGUUGAUUAUUUUUAUUUAAUGACUCAGCAGUUUUAAAAUUCGUUUCAACCAAUCGCUCUAUGUCCCGACGUCCCGAGAGUUUCAAAAAAUUGAUAGUAAAAUAAAGUAAUGACUCAGCAAUUCUAAAAUUCGUUUCAACCAAUCGCUCCAUGUCCCGACGUCCCGAGUAUUUCAAAAAUUGAUAGUAAAAUAAAGUAAUGACUCAGCAAUUUUAAAAUUCGUUUCAACCAAUCGCUCUAUGUCCCCAUGUCCCGCUGCUCGAAAAAAUUUCAAAUAUAGAAUAAUACAGAUGACUGAUUUGCUCUAUAUUUCGUUUCAAUCAAUCAUUCAAUGUCCCCAUGUCCCCAGCAUCAGAAAAAACAUUUAACUAUAUUUCAUACGAAUUAAGCGAGAAAUGAUGUUAUAGCACAUCAUCUUGCAGCAUUAUUACGUUUUAAAACUUCACUGAAAUCAAUACCAUGACUAAUCUAUACACUCACACAAGAAACAAUAAAUAAAAACUGAGAUAACUCUUUAUCAACCGAAUAAAAUAGGAAUCUAUUGUCAUUAUUCAAGAAAUAACAAUAAACAUAAACUUCAUAAGAAACAAACAAAUUUUCUUGUGUGCGUGCUAACGAAAUUUAUAAACAAACAAAAUAAAGUAAACGAUUCCAAUCUCAACUAUAUUUCAAAUUCAACUGCAACAUAUAUUAUAUGAAAAAAAAGUUCUUAGAAAUUUUUCUAUUAAUAUCGAUAAGAAAAUGUCGCGAACGUUUUUCCCAUACCUUAUUGUUAGAGAGCACUCUAACAUACAUCUUUAUUUUAUCUGUUUUCUUCAACUUGUGUGUGUGUAUGCGUCAUCAUUCGGAUAUACGUUAUCCACCCUAUAUACGAAGGUCAAUGUAUUUCUUUUUUGUUCUCCUCUCUUUCUCUCUCCUUCUUUUCUCCUCUUCAAUCCUGUCGUCCGUGAGAAUUUCAAUACAUUCUCAGUCUUUUCUUCUCUUCGUCAAACUUAAGGGCAUUUAAUAGAAGAUGUCGGACGUCAUCUUCAUAAUUAAAUAGUCCAGGCCGGAGUUGAAAGUACAUAUUCACCACUUUCAUUUUUCUCUCUUUGUAUUUUACUUAUCUCUCUAUAUCUCUCUCUCUUGCUUUCUCGAUGUGAAUAUAUAUAUAUAUAUUUUUUUUUUUGGUUUAUAUAAGAUUGGGAAGAGGGUAUAAGAAAAAUAAAAAUUGAAAUUAAGGGUUGUUGUUGUUGGUUACGAAGAAAACAAAUUUUCUAUCUUCUAUUGAUUUACGUUACAGUGAGAGCCUCUGUAACACUGGUGCCGUGACCCUAGUCAAUCGACUGAACAACAACAUCAAUUGAAAAAAAAAAAAGAAGGAUAUAUAUAUAUAUAAGAGAAAAUACAAUUAGACCAAUUCGAUACAGAAUUAUAUAUUAGUAAAAAUAUUAACUUGAAAUUUGGAAGAACUGGCCUCUCAUUAUAAUCUUCGAUCUCAUCAUUCACCUACAACUCAAUCACCUAUUCGACAAAUUAAUUUUCAACAACACCAAAUAACAACAACUAUGGCUGAUGCAUUAACUCGAGCAUUUGGAAGUAUUAAAUCAUUUCAUGGUACUUCACAAGAUAAUUCAAGAGAUUGGUGUGAUCGUGCAGAAAUAAUAUUCGAUGCAUUCAAUAUUAAUGAUGCUAAUCGUUUAGCUCGUAUAGGUAUUAAAUUAGAAGAUGCUGCAUUUGAUUGGUAUCGUGAUAAUCAAGGUCCAUAUGCAACAUGGAUGGCAUUUCGUCAAAAAUUACAACAAGCAUUUCCUCCACCUGAACGUACACAAAAUCCACAUUUAUUAGCUGAACAAAUAAAUCAACGUAAACAAGAUUCUGAUGAAUCAGUACAUGAUUAUUAUUAUGCAUUAGACAAGUUAUGUCGAGAAUAUGAUCCACAAAUGUCUGCUAUUGAUAAAACCAUAAAAUUAGUUGGUGGACUUCGAGAAGAACUAAAAGAAAAACUAUUACCAUUAAAUGUUCAAACACCUGAACAAUUUAUGAUACAAGCAAAAAAUUUUGAAUCUAGUGAAAAGGUGAUGGCUCAUCAUCGUGAAUCCAAUAGAUCUAUCAAUUUACCCGAACCAGAAUAUGUAUUCGAAUCUAAUGAUCAUUCAACAAUAGCUGCAUCUCAACCGAAUCAACAGCUUCAUCGACCAUAUUACCAUCAAUCUUAUCAACAGUAUUAUAGAACACCAAAUCAACCACAACAACCAAUACAACAUCGUCAUAAUCAAAUUACUGGUGCUCAAAGAACAUUUCGACCGGUGAGGAACCAACAACAACAACAAACAACAUAUCCUAGAUCAGCUUCUCAACAACACAGUGGUAAAUUAUCUCGGAAUUAUCGACAAUUAAAUAAUAAUGUUUAUCAAAAUGUUAAUCAACGAAAAUGUUACAAAUGUGGACAAAUAGAGACAGUGAAUGAUGGUACUGUCUCUAACAACAAAAAUCCAUCUACACCUCUUAUUGUUAAUCUACAAGUUAAUAAAACAUUUAUUAAUACAAUGGUCGAUACAGGAUCAGCUAAUUCUAUUAUUCAUAUCAACACCUUGAACAAAUUAAAACAUCGACCAUAUAUUAAAUAUCAUAAGAACAUACAUCGAACAGCAAAUAAUAGUGAAUUACGUACAAUAGGUCUAGUAAAGUUGAAAAUUAAUAUAAAAAAUAUUCCAACAUUUAUUUUAGCUGAAGUUGCUAUUGAUUUAUGUACAGCAUUAGUUUUAGGAAAUGAUUGGAUUACACAAAAUUGUAUUGAUAUUAUUACUACAAAAAAAUGUAUUAGAAAGCAAUUAGGAUCAUAUGGUGUUACUGUUCCAUUUUCAACUUAUUAUCAAGAAUCAUAUUUGGUUUCUCCUAUUUACCCUAUUCGUAUUUUACCAGAACAACAAAUUAUUGUACCUGUACGUGUUAAAAUAAAAAAUGCUGAUACAGUUAUAUUUACUCCAUCAAAAAGUUUGAUUGAAAAAAAAAGAAUAUUAAUACCACAUUCAUUAUUGAAAAUUGAAGAUGGUAUAACACGUAUUACAAUGAUAAAUGCAAAUGAUUCACCACAAUAUAUAAAUACAAAUAUGAUUAUUGGUACAAUUUCUUUUCCAUCAUUAACAUCUAUAUCAUUACCAUUGUUACCAACACAACAAGUUAAAACAUAUACAGAACCUGAUCUUGAAUGUCGUAUAUGUUAUAGAAAAUAUAAAUCAAAGAAUCAAUUAUUUGAACAUUUAUAUCAAACUGGUCAUUAUACUAAACCAACAACAAUUAAUUCAACUGUUAAACAUACAAUUGAAAUAAAAAAUACUCGACCAAUUGUUCAACGUCCAUAUCGUAAAACAUCAAUACAAGAGAAAAUUAUUGCUGAAAUGUGUGAACAAUUUUAUCAUGACAAUAUUAUUAGACCAUCAAAUUCACCAUGGUCAUCACCGGUGGUGUUGCAGAAGAAAAAGGACGGUACAUGGAGAUUUUGCAUUGAUUAUAGAAGAUUGAACGAAGUAACAGAAAAAGAUAAUUAUCCAUUACCACGAAUACAAGAAAUAUUUGAUGCAUUAGGUGGCUCAAAAUAUUUUUCUAAACUUGAUUUUCAAGGUGGUUAUCAUCAGAUUCCAAUUGACGAAUCAGACAAACCCAAAACUGCAUUUGUUACACGUGAUAAAUUUUGGGAAUAUAACGUUAUGCCUCAAGGUAUAAAAAAUGGUCCUCCAACAUUUCAAAGAAUUAUUAAUAAAUUACUUGGACGAUUACAAUGGUAUUGUGCAUUAUCAUAUAUUGAUGAUAUUAUAAUUUAUUCCAAAUCAAUGGAAGAACAUUUACAUCAUCUUGAACAAGUUUUAUCAUUAUUGCAUCACGCAAAUUUUCAUCUGAAUCCAACUAAAUGUGAAUUUGUACAACGGCAAAUUAAAUUUUUAGGUCAUAUGGUGAAUGAACAAGGUAUUACACCAUGUCCAGAAAAAGUAAGUGCAAUUAAUGAUAUACCAGUACCAAAUAAUAUCAAAGCAGCAACAUCUUUUAUUAAAAUGGCUGAAUAUUACCGGAGUCAUAUACCUAACUUCUCCACAUUAGCACAACCAUUAUUUGAUUUAACAAAGAAAAACGCAAAAUUUGUAUGGGGUGAUCAACAACAAAAUUCAUUUAAUAAAAUUAAACAAUUAUUAACAUCGAAGCCACUACUUCAAUUUCCUGAUUCGAAUCUACCAUUUAUCAUCCAGGUAGAUGCAUCUAAUUAUGGUAUUGGUGCAGUGUUGAUGCAAAACACUGACAAAGGUGAACAACCAGUUGCAUAUAUGUCCCAAAAAUUAAAUAAACAACAACAGAACUGGAACGCAACUGAAAAGGAAUGCUUUGCUGUUGUAUCAUCAAUACGUAAAUGGAAUCAUUAUGUAGCUGGUCAAGAAUUUAUAGUUCGAACUGAUCAUCAUGCAUUAUGUUGGUUGAAUCGGAAGUACAACAGCAACCCGAAACUUAACCGAUGGAGAAUGGCACUUCAAGAUUAUACAUUUAAAAUUGAACAUGUAAAAGGUAAUAAAAAUUGUGUUGCUGAUUGUCUUUCUCGUUAUCCAGUUGACUCAUCAUUUGAUGAUGAAACCGAACAUAAGUCAAUUUCAACUCAAACUGAAGCACAACCAUCAAUUAUCGGUGUAGUUGCAACUCGUGCUAUGAAUCAUCACCAAAAAACGGUACAAACAAGUACAAACAUCUCAACAACAACACAAUCCGAUCAACAUUUAAAUUCAUUAAAUACAACAAAUCAAAUUAAUGUUUUUACAACUGAACAAUUAAAAUUUUAUCAACAGCAAGACAUUUCCAUCAAGAAAAUUUUAGAAAAUAUUGAUAAAAAUCCAUUUAAAAUUGAAUAUUGUAUCAAAAAUGAUAUAUUAUAUCGUAAUAUUAAUAGAGUUAAUAGAAUUAUAGCUGUACCAGUAGUGCCACAAACCAAAAUUAAAGAUGUAUUAUUAGCUUAUCACAAUUCAUCAAUGAAUGGUGCACAUUUUGGUAAAGAUCGAACAUAUUAUAAAAUUCGUGAUCGUUAUUAUUGGCCAAGAAUGUACAAUGAUAUUGCACAACAUGUUAAGUCAUGUCCAAACUGUUCAAUUAAUAAGUAUUCAAGAAGAAAAUCAAAUGGUCAUUUAAAUCAAGUUAAUCCACCUGAAGGUGUAUGGGAAAAUUUAGCUAUGGAUUUCAUGGGUCCAAUAACACCAUUAUCAUCAACAGGAAAUAAAUAUAUAUUAGUUAUUACUGAUUUAUUAUCCAAAUAUGUUAUUGCAAAAGCCACACGUGAUAAUUCAGCUUUAACUGCAUCAAAAGUAUUAGUAGAAGAAGUAAUACUUAAAUAUGGAACACCAAAACAAAUAUUAACUGAUAAUGGUACACAUUUCACUGCUGAAUUAUUUAAUGAUAUUAUGAAAUUAUGUGGUGUUUGUCAUAUAUUUACAACGCCAUACAAUCCUCAAUCAAAUGGUGUCUGUGAACGAUUUAAUGCAUCCAUGUGUGAUACUUUAGCUUCAAUAUGUAAUAAUAAAAGAACCGAUUGGGAUGAAAAAUUAUCAAAAGUAAUAUUUGCUUAUAAUACAACUCGUCAUGCCAAUACAAAAUUUACACCAUUUGAACUGAUGUUUGGACGUGAAAUUAAAUUACCAUUUGAUUUACCAAAACGAACAACAACAAUUAUCGAACCUCAUCAAUACGUUAAACAAUUACAAGAAUAUUUAGAAUUAGCGAAACAGGUGGCUCGUACGAAUAUUGAACAUAGUCAGAAAAAAUCAAAACAACAUUAUGAUACUAAUCGUACAAAUAAUAUUUAUUCAAUUGGAGAUUUUGUUUAUAUUAAACGAUUAGGAUUGAAUCAUAAAUUAGCACCAAAAUAUGUUGGUCCAUAUCAAGUAAUUCAACAGCUGAAUAAUUCUACAUAUCGAGUACAAAACCCUACUGAUCUCCAUCAAAUAAUUAAUGUACACACUAAUCGUAUACGUCGAUGUUAUCAAUAA